CAGAAUGAACAGAUAGAUCCAUACACAUCUCUCUCGAUCUCGGCAAUCGCCGCCGCCGCCGCCCGACCGCCGCCUCCGGCGACGCACCGGACUACAGGACUCAUGAGCCGCGCACCUGCAGCAAGCAGUAGCCUACAAGCAGCUCUCUCAUACUGCGUUAGGCAAGUCCGCAGCUAUGACUACCACAACUAUCUAUGCCUUCUCCACCUGCCUCCAGCAAUGCGCAAGGCUGCGUUCACCUUCCGGGCCUUCAACGUCGAGACAGCAAAGGCCAUGGACGUUGUGUCUGACCCUAAGACUGGCCUCAUGCGCCUCCUCUGGUGGAAGGACGUGAUUGACAAGGUCUUUGCCAACAAGCUGGUUGAGCACCCAGUUGCCCAGGCACUCUCUUCGGUCGUCUCAGACCACAAGGUUAGCAAGCACUGGCUCAAGAGAUCCGUGGAGGCAAGGAUAAACGACGCCAACCGGGAUGAGGGUGCCAUUCCUGAGACAAGUGCCGAGUUGGAGAGGUACGCAGAAGACACCCAGUCCACCAUCCUUUACAUGACGCUGCAGGCUGGUGGGAUACAGUCCACUGCCGCUGAUCACGCCGCCUCGCACAUCGGCAAAGCCAGUGGGCUCUUGUUACUGCUCAAGGCACUGCCUCACCAUGUAAAUAAGCAAGGGGUGAUACCAUAUAUCCCGGCUAAUGUCGCCGAGGAGUGCGGCCUGCUUACACGGGAGGGUGGCCGAUCGGAGGUCAGGAUGGAUGAGAGGCUGCCUGAUGCAGUUUUCAAGGUUGCAUCUGUUGCCGAGGCUCACCUGCUCAAGGCGCGGGAGCUGGCCUCAUCUGUGCCAAGGGAGGCGAUCCCAGUGCUCCUUCCGGCCUUGCCGGCCCAGGUCCUCCUGGAUUCCCUGCGAAGAUGCGAGUUCAAUGUCUUUGAUUCGCGGGUGUCAAGGGGAGUCCAUGGGGUCUCUCCCCUGUGGUAUCAGCUGAAGCUUAACUGGUACGCGUGGCGAAACAAGUACUGAAGCCGGCCAACAUUGUUGUUCUUGGAAAUUGGAACGAACUGCAGAUUUGUUGUGUUCCAUUUAGCAAAGCUGCACUCAUGGUUUCGCUGUAAGAAGAUGAGCAGCAGUGUCCUGCUAGUUGCACCAACUGGGCGCCUUUGAGCAAUUUUGCUGUAUCUUGCUCUGUACAAUCCCCCACACUCUGUUGGGAAGUUUAUGUUGUUUGCAGUACCCCAUUUUUACAUGAAGAUGAUGAAUACGUGUUGUGUUCUACUGCCUUGCUAAUUGAUUAUUAUACUCAGCAAGGCUUGCUUGAACGAUAACAAUGUUACAGAA